CUAUAGAGAUCUACAGAGCUGAUCAAUGUAUUGAAUUCAAAACACAUAGCUUUUGAUUGACUAAAAUUAGUAUAUGCUGUAAUUUAUGAUGAAUUAUUUUAUCACCACCUGGUAUUCAAGUACAUUUAUGGAAUUUGUUGAAAAACAUAUCACUACAGAAAGUAUAUAUACUACAUAUUUUAUCCAAUCUACAACAGGUAUAAAAACGUGUCAAAGACAGAUGUGAGGCAGUCAUGGAUAAAAAAUCUAAAGUCAGCACCACCUCGCCAAACCAAAACAAUGGAGGAACUGUUCCCUGCACCAGAUCGAUUUGUAAACUACAGCAAUGCAUUGGAUACUGGUCCCAGAGCCACCUGUGCCUAGACUUUCUUUACCUAUUGUUGAAGACCUCAUUUCAAGCCAGGAAUUCAUCUCCUCAGAAAACCCCAUUGAUUGGAUGAAGCAAAAAUUAAUGAUAAAUGAGCAGCAAAUUCAGCAGAUUGCCAGUCUUACCAUCGGACAAAAAGAUAACUGCUUGUGGUCAUCAGUUCGCAAGAAUAGAUUGACAGCCUUCAACUUUGGUUGUGUUUUGGCAGCAAUCAAGAGAAAUAGAUAUCCAAUUUCCUUGUACAAAAGACUAUGUUCAGCGUAUGAUCUUUCUAAGAAGGAUGCCAUCAUUUGGGGGAUGUGCAAUGAAAAGAUAGCCAUUGAGAAAUACAAAACUUUUGGGGAUGCUGUUGUAGAGCCAACGGGUAUCUGGCUUCACAAAAAUGGAGUUCUUGGAUCAAGUCCAGAUGGAAUCGUACGUCAACCUGCGCUGUUUGGAUAUUGUUAUCAAGAUCCAGCUCUUGCUGACAUGCUUCAGUUAUAUAACUUUCGACCAGAAAUAUUGGAGGUGAAAUGCCCCUUUUCGGCAAAGGAGAUGACUAUUCCUGAAGCUAUCGAAAAAUUGAAUGAUUUCUGCUUAGAGUUUCAAGAAUUCCAUGGAGUGAAAUCAUACAAGUUAAGAGAAAACCACCAAUAUCAUGAUCAGGUCCAAGGACAGUUGCACAUUACUGGAAAGUCUGCGUGUGACUUUAUGGUUUGGACACCAAAGGACUGUGCGAUUGUUAGAAUCACAAAACAACUCAGUUGGGAGGAUAAUAUUUCUGUUUUGACAGAUUUUUACUUUGAUAAAUUUGUUCCCCAUCUGCAACAGCUAUAAAAGUAUUAAAUAUGAUAGCAAUAUAUUCAUACUCUUGAUUUCUAACAUUUCAAUCUUGACCUACAAAGUUUUGAGCAAUUUCCUGCAAAAGAGGAUCCUGAAAAUUGACAAGUACACAGCAUAACUGAAACACUUUGGUACUGAUGUAUCUAAACUGAUGAGGGAUAUGUCUAAGAAUUUCAUAAUUUUUUAUGCGCUCAUUUGCACGCUCAACAUGUA